AUGGCUUUCGCAGCUGCUAUGGGCGUCGACUUCGCCAUCUCAGGAAUCACCAUGGCUGCUGCUUUAGCCCCGGUUGAGGAAAAGCCGGUGGCCCGUAUAGGUAUUGGAUCUACACAGCUUGGUGCAAAAGAAGAUGCUCGCACCAAUGGUGUCAUGCCCAACCUUCACCUAUACGACGUUCGUGGCAAAAGGUUUGCUAAGCACGAAUCGGGUGAUCUCAUUGAAGAUGGCGCAAACGUAAAGAAAGACUUCAUGAUUCUGGAUGGAGCGGAGAAAUCAGCCGAACCAGAGUAUCUGACCAUCCAGGCCAGAUCUAACGACGCUACAUGCGUCACUUGCGCUUCCGGCGCCCAACGAACCUGGCACGCUGGUUACGUGAAGACGUGUCAGGAGCAAGGUGGUGGAGGUUUCUACUACCCCUCCCCUAACACGGUCCCUGACACGAACUUCCGACCGGGUUGUGUCUGGCUUAGCAACGAUGACCGCUUUAUGCAAGCCAUUUCCAUCCAUCUUCCCAGCUUUGGCUUUCCCGAAGAAAGCUUAGCCGAGCAGACGGCAAAGCAGUUCAAAGAUUAUCCCCAGACGCUCUGCCAGGCUCCAGGCAGGAUGUCCCUGUACAAGACCUUCGACGGCGAACAGCCAGAAUGCAUCCCAUACUACGACAAGAUCCUGGAAAAGUUCAAAGAAGACGAAGUGAGUGAAGAAAAGGGUAUCAACGAGGGCUUUGACAAGGACUUCCAGGCUGUGGUGGAUGGACACACACUCCCACCACGGAAGUUUUUCUUCAAACCCUCCCGCAAAGCCAUUUCCUUCGAGCGCACAUGCGACUACUCCAAACACAAGCUUUUCAACCAAGAAAUGCAACCCGGCAAAACUCCCGUGAAAGACUCGCCUCAAGCCCAAAAGGAAAAAGAAGCAGCAGAGGCAAAGCAGAAGGCGGACGCAGCAGCCGCAGCCCGAGCCGCAGCCGAAGAACAGGCUCGCAAAGAUGCUGAAGCAGCCUUGAGCGAGCAAGGAAGAAAUCCAAACGGAGCAGCACCAGGCACGGGAAGCUUUGGCGGUGUUGCAGGAUUGAUCCCUGCAGAUCAAGCGGGCAAGCCGGUGGAUCCCGAUGAGGCGGCGAAGAACUUAGAGGAGUUUAAAGAGCAGCAGAAAGCAUCACCAACACCCGCGGCACCGGCACCGGUGCCUGAGCCAACCGGUCAACCAGCUCCUGACGUUAUCAUUGAAAUCAAGCGUCGAGGCUCACGCUCGCUUCAUCAAGGACAACAAGAUGAGGAGACCAAAGCGACGCGGGAGAUGUUGACCAGACGCGAACAGCUUCGUGCAAAGGGAGACUAUUGCGUCGACCGGUUGACGAUCAGUCACCAUGCUGAGCAUAGUGCAAGAGAGGUGUGCGAGAUGAAAAACUCAUGGGGACCGGACUUUGUGUCCGUGGUGGAGGGCCUGUAUUGUGACAUGUGUGAGAGGGAGUUGUACCCCCUCUGUGCACAUGAGCAUCAAACAGAUUGCUUCGAUGUUGAUGAUAAAGUGUUGAGGGGUAAGGAGAGCCUGUGGCAGAGGGUUAAGAGAUAUGUCACUGUUGACGUUUGGCGCGUGUAA